GCAAGCUCCUGUUCAUGUGUCACUUCUGAAACAAAAGCAGUGCGCGCGGCACUUUAUUAUUUUUUUUUCACCCCAUAAGCUCGGCUCGCGAGCAGAAGCAGCGCUACAAGCUGAAUAACACCCGGGACUUGUCGCUCCGCCGAACCGCCGGAUUUAUCCUCUUUCUCCCUCCUCCUACUCCUCUUUCUCCUCCUUCUCCACCUCCACCACCGCCUGGGUUUUAAACUUGUUUCUUGUUUCUCUCCGGGUUUGGAGCAGGAGUGGCCUGCGACUUUUCCCCUCUCUCACAACGGAUCGCGUUUCAUUUCCCUGUGAGGAGAAAACCCACACCACACAACUGUCCGCGAGCGCACGCUUUUUCCCGCCUCUUUUUUUUCUGUUUCUGAUAUUUUCCCCUCAGAGGACGGAGAAAAGAGAAAGAUAGAUAGAUAGAGAGGAAGAGAGAGGGGAAGAGAGAGAGAUUUCCGAGCUGAGGAAGAAAUAAAAAUAAAAGUGUGUGUGUGAGUGUGUGUGUGAGAGAGAGAGGAUGGAGGAGCAGCCGCGGUUGAUGCACCCUCACGGGGUGGGCUUGGCCGGUCACCCGGGCCUCACGCACCGUCCCCCGGACGUCACAGCGGGAAGCGACGGCGACUCGAGGAAGCAGGACAUCGGAGACAUUUUACAGCAAAUCAUGACCAUAACGGACCAGAGUCUGGAUGAAGCUCAGGCCAGGAAACACGCUCUGAACUGUCACCGCAUGAAACCUGCGCUCUUCAACGUGCUGUGUGAAAUUAAAGAGAAAACAGUGUUGAGUAUUCGCGGCGCGCAGGACGAGGAGCCUCCCGACCCUCAGCUCAUGCGACUGGACAACAUGCUCUUAGCGGAGGGCGUGUCCGGACCCGAGAAAGGGGGCGGGGCUUCGGCGGUGGCCGCGGCGGCCGCGGCCGCGGUGGGCGGGACCGGGAACGACAACUCGGUGGAGCAUUCGGACUACAGAGCGAAACUGACUCAGAUACGACAGAUCUACCACACGGAGCUGGAGAAAUACGAACAGGCGUGUAACGAGUUUACUACCCACGUGAUGAACCUGUUGCGAGAACAGUCUCGCACGCGUCCCAUUUCACCCAAAGAGAUCGAGCGCAUGGUCAGCAUCAUCCACCGCAAAUUCAGCUCCAUACAGAUGCAGCUCAAACAGAGCACGUGCGAAGCCGUGAUGAUCCUGCGCUCGCGCUUCCUCGACGCCAGACGGAAGCGGCGGAAUUUCAACAAGCAGGCCACGGAGAUCCUGAACGAGUAUUUCUACUCGCACCUCAGUAACCCGUAUCCCAGCGAGGAAGCGAAAGAGGAACUGGCCAAGAAAUGUUCCAUCACCGUCUCCCAGGUUUCGAACUGGUUCGGGAACAAGAGGAUCAGGUACAAGAAAAACAUCGGAAAGUUCCAGGAGGAAGCGAACAUGUACGCCGCCAGAACGGCCGUCAACGCCGCCAGCGCUUCUGCUCAGGGCAGCCAGGCCAACUCGCCCUCCACGCCCAACUCCGCCGGUUCUGCUGCGUCUUUUAACAUGUCUCACUCCGGCGAUUUGUUCAUGAGCGUUCAGUCUCUGAACGGGGACUCGUACCCGGCGCCGCAGGUGGGCGCUAACAUACAGUCACAGGUGGAUACACUUCGCCAUGUUAUCAGUCAGGCAGGAGGAUACACUGACGCUCUCGCUGCCACUCAGCUCUACAGUCCACAGGGCAUCAAUCCGGGACAGGGGCAGAGCAGGACUAAUAGCGAGUGAUGUGAGAAGAUGGAAUAAGAAGGUGAUGUGAAACAGGUGAGGCGAUCAUCUAAUCGCAGUGUAUAAGGAUUCCCAGAAAAGGCCGAGUCCUUCAAGAGCGAGGACGGGUCGAGGCUCGCCGAUCUGCCAACAGAUGCGUCGGAGAAUAACCCACACUUUGAGAAGAACGUUCCCCAAAGACAAAUCGGUAGGAUUUUGGGCGUUUCACCUUCUACAGCGCACGAUAUAAUUAAAAUAUCAGAGAAAUUCGGUCAAAUCUCGGUGUGUAAAGGACGAAGCCGAAAACCGCUUAUGAACACACGUGAUUUAGUUGUGUAGAAGUUCCCCUGGGUUCCUCUGUGACCUGGUGGACGAUUCCACGUCUGGCUCCUGGAGAGAUCUUCGUUGGUCUCCACUCCUGUGGAGGGGAACGAUGGUGGUGAAUUUCCUCCGUUUCUACACGAUCUGUCUGACUGUGGAUGGGUGGAGUCCAAACUCUUUACAGAUGGUUCUGUGACCUUUUCCAUCCUGAUGAGCUUCGACAACUCUUUUCCUGAGGUCCUCGGAAAUCUCCUUCGCUCGUGCCGUGAUCCACUUCCGCAGACACGUGUCGUGAAGAUCAGACUCUGAUAGAUCCCUGUCCUUUAAAUAAAACAGGACGCUCGCUCGCUCGCUCGCUCACACACACCUGAUCAUCACCCCACUGACUGAAAACACCGGACUCCAAUCUCACCUUCACAUUAACUGAUAAUCCUAGAGGUGCACAUACUUUUACCCCUCAUAGAUGUUUUACGUUGUAUUUAUGCAGAAAUAUUGAAAACUUUCAAACACCGGUGUAAAUAUUUUCAUGCGUUUAGAAUUAUAAGUAUUUUUUUCUCAAAUGUUAAACACU